CGGCGGAUAGAUGCUGCUAGAGUGGAAGAUGAACGGACACGCUAUCCUGUACACAGGGGUCACUUUGGCCUUCUGGAGCACCAUACUAGUCGUCGGUAUCUGCUACACUAUAUUUGAUCUCGGGUUCCGCUUUGAUGUGGCAUGGUUCCUAACGGAGACUUCUCCUUUCAUGUGGGCCAAUCUGGGCAUUGGCUUGGCUAUCUCUCUGUCUGUGGUGGGAGCAGCCUGGGGGAUCUACAUCACUGGCUCCGGCAUCAUUGGUGGUGGUGUCAAGGCUCCACGAAUCAAAACCAAGAAUUUGGUCAGUAUCAUCUUCUGUGAAGCUGUGGCCAUCUAUGGGAUCACCAUGGCCAUUGUAAUCAGCAACAUGGCGAAGAACUUCAAGGGAACCACCCCUGAGACCAUCGGGGCCAGGAACUACCAAGCUGGUUACUCCAUGUUCGUAGCCGGUCUGACUGUGGGCUUCUCUAACCUCUUCUGUGGCAUCUGUGUCGGCAUCGUGGGCAGCGGAGCAGCGUGGGCAGACGCCCAGAACGCCAGCCUCUUUGUGAAGAUUCUCAUUGUGGAAAUCUUUGGCAGUGCAAUCGGCCUGUUUGGUGUCAUUGUAGCCAUCCUGCAGACAUCGAAAGUAAAGAUGGGUGACUAGAAGAUGGAUUCCCAUGCUGAAAAGAUAAUAAGACA